AUGGCUACGAGCCGUGGAACUGCUGUGAACAUCACUGCUUACAAUACUACCAGGAAGCGGAUGAGAGAUGUUCAGCUCGAUACUGGAACCUUGGUUCAACGAUGCAACAUUUUCUUGAUGCAUCAAGAACAUCCUCAUGAUGCCGACGCCGUGACACAGGUGCAGCAAAUCAUGCAAGACAAUACAAGAUUUACGGAUGACGAAUGGAACAGUAAUGAUCGUCAUGUUGAAGAAGCUCAUCGACAGGUUGGAGGACACAUUGACAUGUUUUAUAACACCUUGCAGCGAGUGGAUCCAGCUACUUUCAACGGUUUGGGAUCUACUUUUUGCAUUCGAAUCCUUCAUGCUGGAUCUUGGCCAGGAAGCACAGGCUGCAAUUGA